CAACACUCCGGUUAGAGAUGAGAAUUUUCUUUGAACCGAUUUAUCGCUACUUUUUAGUGUUGGGAAGCGCUCAAAUGAAUCUUGUAGUGGUUUGCUUUUAAUUUUUUGAUUGAAAUAUGGAUUUCCAACGCAAUGAUGCCAUGUUAAUGGAGAUCCUGCAGGAUCGAAAGACAAUUACUGGAUUUCUCGACUCCAUAUUCGGUUUCCUUCGGCGCAAGUAUUUGCGUUUUAGCACCGACUUUUACCAUACAAAGCGUGAUGAGACGGAUAAAAUAGGCUUUCCCGAGGGCGUAAGGGAUCAAAUUCUUUAUGGCGCUAUGCAGCGUUACGAUCCGGACUGCUGGCUCCAGACAAUGACAGCUGAAGAUGGAACUGGUGACGACGGUGAAGAGGCUCCACCAGCCAUUGAGGAAAUAACAUUGGAAAGUGAAGAUAUUACUCCAAAUGAGAUUAUAAAUAAUGUUGUUACCGAGCGAAAGGAAAAGCCCAUAUUCUCACCCUGCGAUUAUAAAAAUGGAGACAUUUUUGAGACCCAUUGCUGGUCACAAACACAAAAGGAUGUGGAGCUUCAAGUAAAAUUGCCAGAGGAUAUGAAGUCCUCAAAGAAACUAAACAUAUUAAUUAAGCCUCAGAGUAUUAGAGUAACCAGCAAACUCCCGCCAGAAGUUGUUAUCCUGGAAGGGAAUCUCAGUCAGCGGAUCAAACACAAUGAGGCUGUGUGGAGCAUUGACGAAAACAAGCUUAUAAUCAGUUUAGACAAAUUCAAAGAACUGUGGUGGGAGCGACUAUUUGAAGGUGAUCCCGAAAUCGAUCACAAAAAAAUUGAGUGUGAGAAUUACAUUGAUGAAUUACCAGAGGGUACUCAAGCCACUCUAGAAAAACUUCGAUUUGAUCAAAUUGCAGCGGAUAAUGCCCAAAAAGAGUCGCAGUCUUCCAAUCCAAAUCAGGCGGCAACCAUUGAACGUUUACGAAAAGCUUGGGAUGCUGAUGGCUCUCCUUUCAAAGGACAGCCAUUCGAUCCUUCUAUUGUAAGAAUGAGUUAAUUUUUAAUUCUAAAAGCUGUAGUUGUAAGUUAGUUUUUUGACAAGAUUAUUUAAUUUGUAAGUAAUCAAAAAUUAGUUAGAUUUUAAUACAAACGAACACAAAAACGUGUUAACUUAACACUAAAGA